GUGAUGCACAAUUUGGUUCCUCGUAGUUGCUCAAAACCAGAGCUGUUACUUGUAGAUAAAUUAAAGAUUACUGAAGCUGUUGCCACUAUUAUCUGAAAUUGGAGAGGAACAUGCUGAAAUAUAAUAAAGUUUGCUUCAAGAAUGAACCAAAGGGGACAGUAACUGCAGUUAAAAGAAGUGGUAUGUUGCUAAGAGAAGCUGAAUUUUCAUGUGGGCUGCAACAAGGUCAUUGCAUAUUAGCUGUAGAUUUGGAAUGCGGGCCCCUGUUUGUUGUUUGCCAGAGACAGACAAUGUGCAUCUGGUCAGGUUGGACACUCGAGUUCAGUCGUGUUCUUGACCUGAAGAGAGAAAUGGCUGCAGCUGGAUGUGAUAUUAGAGUCGAGUACAUAUAAAGAGCGACUUCAAAUUGCUCAUUUAUCUUUUUUUUUUUUUUUGUCCAUUGUAUCUGUAUACUGACUGUGCAGCUGUAGAAAUCAUAUUUGGAUAUAUGCAAAGUCCAGUUGUGAA